AUGCACACUUCUACUGAUGUACACCAAGAGGGAGCAACAAGGGGAUCAUAUCAUAUAGAUGCUGCUGUUGAAGCUGAUGCACAUAUCGAUCAGGGACAUGAACCUGUGCAAGAUGAGGGUUUGGAAAACCAUGUGGAAGAGGCGGACCCACCGUUAUAUCCUAAUUGUAAAACACACACAAAGUUAUCCAUCACUGUUGAAUUGUAUAGGCACAAGACAGUAAAUGGUUUAUCUAGGAAAUCUUUUGACGAACUUCUCAAGACAAUCGGUUCCUUGUUGCCGCCAGAUCAUUGUCUUCCUUGCUCAAAAUAUGAAGUGAAAAAGCUCCUGAAAUCUUAUCAAUUGACUUACCAGAAAAUACAUGCUUGUAUUAAUGAUUGUUGUUUGUUUAGAAAAGAUUUGAAAGAUGUAGACGAGUGUCCUAAAUGUCAUUAUUCUAGGUGGAAGGCAGACACAUCUAACAUGGACGAUGCUGAAAUGAUAGACAAGCCGCAAAAGAAGAUACCGGUGAAGGUGCUUAGGUACUUCCCCAUUGUGCCGAGAUUGAGAAGAUUGUUUCAAUCAGCAGCACUGGCUGAGCAGUUGAUAUGGCACGCGACGAACAAGAGUAAGGAUGGGAAGAUGCGUCAUCCAACAGAUUCUUUGGCUUGGAAGCACAUAGACACAAAGUAUCCCGAGUUUGCUUCAGAUCCCCAUAAUUUGCGUCUUGGACUUGCUGCUGAUGGAUUUAAUCCAUUUGGUGAUCUUUCCGCAGCCCACAGUUGUUGGCCAGUGAUGCUCGUGGUUUAUAAUUUUCCCCCUCAAUUGUGUAUGCAAGGUGACAACAUAAUUCUGAGCAUGCUGAUUCCAGGAAAAAAACAACCGGGUAAUGACAUUGAUGUAUACUUGCAGCCCUUGAUUGAUGAUCUUUUUGAGUUGUGGGAGAAAGGGGUGCAGGUAUAUGAUUCGUUUACUAAAACAGAUUUUAACUUGAAGGCGUUAUUAAUGUGGACAAUAAACGAUUUCCCUGCAUAUGGUAAUUUAUCUGGAUGUACGUAUAAAGGGAAGGCAGCUUGUCCUCUUUGCGGUGAAAAUACACUUUCAAACUGGUUGGAAUUUAGUCGUAAAACUGUCUACUUGAAUCAUAGGAGAUUUCUUCGUCAUAAUCAUCCUCUUCGGCAGAAAAAAGACUGGUUUAAUGGAGAGAUUGAGAGGAAGGAAAAGCCACCUGUUAUGUCUGGUGCUGCGGCACUUGAAUGUCAGAAUAGUAUUACAAAUGAUUUUGGGAAAGCGGAGAAGAACGAGGAAGAUAAGGAAAAAGAAAGAGCAAAAGAAGAAGAAUAA